UUUGGUUCAGUCUGUAGGCUGUCUGAAGACUGAGAGCUCAACCAGGAGGUGGAGUAACGUUGCUCUUCUACUCCGCGGGACCAGACAUCAGCUGCAAUGUUGCUAUUGAGCUGAAAUAACAGUAUUUGUUGACUGUAAUACAUGACAGCACGCAGCAGACAUGGAGCCUCACAAAUCCGUGACCUUGUGGAUAUUUUGUUUGUGCCUAAUUGGAGAGAGUGCAUCUGAAAAACAAAGUUUCUUUUCACCAGAGAGUCAAAAUGGUGAAAACGGCCUGUCAGAUUUUUGUCGUAUCGAUGAACAACUAUGCAAAGACGACAACGCCGUUCUCACCUUUGAGGCCAUCUGUAAUAUCCAUAAGCAGAUGGAUGAUGAUGCAAACGGCAACGUAGAUGUAGUAGAGACUGAUGGCUUCCUCCGAGAAGAUCUUAACUACCAUGACCCCAAAGCCAAGCAUAACAGUUUCCAUGGCGAUGACCAGUUCAUCAGUGUGGAGGACUUGUGGAAUGCCUGGAAGGGAUCUGAAGUGUAUAAUUGGACAGUAGAUGAAGUGGUGGAAUGGCUCAUCAACUAUGUAGAAUUACCUCAGUAUGUGGAUGCAUUUCGCAAGCUGGCUUUCAAUGGAAGUAUUAUGCCAAGGCUGGCUGUGAAGAAUACCACUCUGACGGUCUCCAUUCUGAAGAUUCUGGACCGCAGCCAUGUGCAGAAACUACAGCUCAAAGCUUUGGACACCGUGCUUUUUGGACCACCUCUCAUGAAUCGACACAACCACCUGAAAGAUUUCAUGCUGGUGGUGUCGAUAGUGAUCGGAAUGGGGGGCUGCUGGUUUGCCUACAUCCAGAAUCGUUACUCAAAGGACCACAUGAAGAAAAUGAUGAAGGACUUGGAGGGCCUCCAGCGGGCUGAGCAGAGUUUGCAUGACCUACAGCAGAAGCUGCAGAUUGCCCAGGAGGAGCAUCGGACGGUGGAAGUGGAGAAGGUGAACCUGGAGCAGAAGCUGAGAGACGAGAUAAACGCUGCAAAGCAAGAAGCUCAGCGACUGAGAGAGCUGCGAGAAGGCUCCGAGAACGAGCUGAGUCGGCAGAAGUAUGCAGAAGAAGAGCUGGAACAGGUGCGCAUGGCUCUAAAGAAAGCUGAGAAGGAACUGGAGUCUCGGAGCGGCUGGUCUCCUCCAGAACCUCUUCAGAAGUGGCUGCAGCUCACCCAUGAGGUCGAGGUGCAGUACUACAACAUCAAGAAGCAAAAUGCCGAACGGCAGCUCCUGGUGGCCAAAGAAGGGGCAGAAAAGAUCAAGAAAAAGAGGAACACUCUCUUUGGGACGUUCCAUGUGGCUCACAGCUCCUCACUGGAUGAUGUGGACCACAAAAUCUUGGCUGCAAAACAAGCGCUUGGUGAGGUGACUGCCGCUCUGAGGGAAAGGCUGCACCGCUGGGAGAAGAUUGAGAUCCUCACAGGUUUUACUAUCGUCAACAACCCGGGCCUUCCCUCACUGGUCUCCACCCUCAACCUCGACGCCAGCUUCAUGGGCGGCAGAGCCACACCGCAGCACUUCGUCAUGUCUGACGACAUGGACGACUUGGACGAAGGCAUGAUGUCUGGAAUCCUGCAAUAUGGCACACAGCAGCAGAGGCGGCGAGUCGGUGACCUGUGGCCCAGUGCUUCAGAUUGCCAGUCCAUAAGGAAGUAUUCUGCUCCCAGUAUGAUGUCCCUGCGCCAACGCCACAUUGACCCCCAGCUGGCUUUGGGUUCCCAGAGGUUGGUAGAGAGUUCCCUGCUUGCGGGGCAGCAGGGAGAGGGCAACCCUUACCCGUCCAAGCCUAGGCCUGCCUUCAGACAGUCUCGAAGCCAUUCGUUCGGGCAACUCGAAUGUCUUCCCCUGCAAACUCUCUCCUCAGCUGUGUCUCACCCGUCAGUCAUCUGCUCUUUCAACCCAAUCCCUCAGUCUGUGCCGUCCUUGUCCUCUUCCUCCUCCUGCUUGCCCAGCACCGUUGCUGGCGGUGUUGCCCUUCAUUCCUCCCAUGUACAUCAUGCUGCUUUCCAGCCCAUGGACCCAAUUCCUGAUUAUAUCUCCAAAGUUCACUCCUCAUGCAGCGAAAGUCUCGGGGACUUGAACCGUUCCGACUCCGACUCCUCGUUGUCCCUCUCGCAAGUCGGCGAUCGGCUCUCGGCCUACGGCUCCAAAAGCCACCUGAUCAAGCCCACCUCUCUGAUGUACGGCCUCUCCGGCCGGGCGGACGACACCGUCUCCCUGCACUCUAACGGGGGGAACCGGAUUUACGACGGCGGCGCCGCGGAGAACGUCUCUGGAAGCCCCAUCCUCAUGAAGGAGAUCCACCACAUGGAGAAGUCGCCCAGCCUGGGAGAGAUCAACAGCUUCUCCGAGUCUUCCCGAUCUUUCAGCCCCAACUCGACCGAGCCGGAUACGCCGUCUCCGACGGGCGGCCAGGCGGGAGCGGCGGCAGCGGGGGGGAAGGGCAGCAGUCGCAUCCCGCAGCUGUCGUCCAAGAAGAGUCCUCUGGAGGAGGACAGCUGCUCUACGGGAGAAGAUACAGAUUCCGCCGUCAUCCGCAAGAAACACCCCUUCAAAAUCUUCAAGAAGCAGAAGAAAUGAGCAACAAGAACCAAAAGGCUGUCAAAGCUGCUUGACUGUAUUCCUCUAUUUGUCUUUUUUUUUCUUCUACUUCUUUUUGUAAUGUCUUGGGUUUAAUUACGGUCAAAGAGAUGGCACGUUGCAUUUUACCUGUAGGUUCCGACGCCUGCGUUGGCCUGUGGGAGCAACCCGCCGUCUGGCCUCCUCUGCUCGAUGGUCCAGCGCUUGAAGCGGAGCGCGGCGGGGCAGGUCUGUACAGUGGAAUGUAAAGUAUUAUUUAUUCCUGCAGGAGGUUGUGCCAGUCUGAAAGGGAAGCGUUUCUCCCUCUGGAUUUUUUUUUUUUAUUAGAAUUUUUUUUCCCUCGUUCUACAAUCUGACAUUUUGCAUGUCUUCACUUUUGUUUGACUGAUAUGCUCUUAGUGUUUGCUCGGUUCGUGUUGUUAUCCAGCGUAGAAAACACUUGAUGUUACUUUGAUUACUACCUAGCUGUCUAGUCUACCAAUUCAAAUGAAUGCACACUGUUUCUUGUGUUUUGUUCCUCUUUUUUUUUUUCUUUUUUUUUUUCCAACUGGCAAGUACAGAUUUUUCUGUCAUUUGUUGUCUAGACGGGUGAAAAUAUACAUCUAGGGGAACUUAAAACACAAUAGGAGAAAUGGUAGUCAGAAGUUUGGCUCCACCAAAAUGUUACUAUUUAGACACAGUGUAACAGUAAAGACUUGUAGAUGGAGUUUACAAGAAGAACAUCUGCUAAUGUUACGAAACGACAAUCACAUUUUAGGGUAAGGGCAUUUCUUUUUUUUAAUGUUGAAUACUUGUUCACUCUGUACAAUAUUGGAAAGGUCCUGGAUGUCUGUUCUUUUUCUUGCUUUAAAGUCCAACUUUAUUAAACAAUAACCACAGAUAAAAAAAAAAAAAAGUAUUCAAUGAAUUGAAACCUUACAUAUGCGUCUCAUUUAAAUUUAAUUAACAUUGAAAAGUAAAUCCAAAACAUUUAGUUCCAGAAGUGAAGCUCAAAAGAACUAAACAGGGAUCAUUUUGGACAAUUGAUUUCUGUUCAUUUCAGCAUCAUUGUUUCCAGCUAAUGAAAAUCCUGAAUUCUGUAUUUGAGAUCACAAAGUCUACAUUACAUUUGAUAAAUGUAAUCGGUUUCAAAACAGAAAUGUUACAUCAUGGCCAACACCUUUUUUUUUUCUCCACCAUUCUGUCAUUGACGCCACCCAAAUAUAGGGUGGAGCCACAAAAGCUAAUUGCUGGCUGCUCUCAGUGCUCUAUUAAAGCCCGGCAGUGGAAGGUUGAGUGAAAGGAAAAAUGUGGCGCCAAAUGAUGCAUAAACAAUUUAUUUGCUUCAAGCUAAAACUCUUCCUGCAUCUGGUUCAGGAAUUGUGUAACACAAGAAAUGCACCUACUGCAACCUGGGUCCUGGUUAUGUAUGCAAGUAAUCUUAGCUUCACAAUCUUUAGCAAAAUUGCUUCACAAUCUAGUAACUAGUAGUUAUCCCUAGUAACUACUAGUUAUACCUAAUAACUAGUAGUUACUAGCGAUAACUAGUAGUUAUCCCUUACUAAUUAGCCUUUUUUCUGACAUUAUUUUCUUUCCAUUUGUCACAGUCAGGACUUUGAAGCAUUCAUUUAGAUAAAUCAAUCACAUCCAUUUUAGGGCAUUUAAAGACUUUGCAAUUUAUCUUUUUACAUACAAGGGAACCUUUGUGUUCGUGCGUUUCUGGUACGUCCGUAAAUCUGACACACAGCCGACAUCUGCAGUCAGCAAUGAACGACGAAGCCACUUCUCUUGGCUCACUCUGGGAUAACAUUUGCUUCAAAAGACUAUCUGAUGGAACAAGAAGAGACUGUUGUUGUGCUAGAAGGAGUUAGCCCAACAGUGAAGCUGUUCAAGCCAAAAAUAGCAUCUCAGUGCUAAACAUGUAGCAGCAGCGCAGACGUCAAAAGUACUAACGUCAACGACCACAGUCCACAUUUGUAAAGAAGUUCCACGAGUGAAACACUGGAAAGCAGAACAGCACUUUGCACCAGUUCAGAUGAAAAACAACUGUUAUUGAGCUGUCUAUGUAUUCAAUAAUUACAAUAAUUAAUUAAUUACAGACUCUGCAAUUGACUAUUGAAAAUUUGAAUCAAGUCCCACCACUAGUUGAUAUGCUUGGAUAUUGCACUCUGAACAGCCAGCUUUUGUAAGUAACAACACUUUGUUACUCACGUCUCCAACACAACUGACCUUCCUGUGAGUUUUCAGCCAUAGCAUUUGUUGUGCUAUGAAAAAUACUUGUAGUCAAAUUUCUUGAGAAGCUGGAUUUAGGGUUUUCAUCAGCUAUGAUUUAUAAUCAUUAAAAAGGAACACACAAAAAAAAACCAAUUGAAGAACCAGUUGAAAUAUAGCAGUGUGUGGAUGAGUUUUCUGAACCAAUUCGCCUCUGCUUGGUAACAGACGGAUGAAGGUGAUCAGAUCAGACCUCACAUUUCUGAUCAGUUCUAUUAGAAAGGCAAAACUUUAAACUGCUUCUGCUCUUUUCUGUCUUACUGGUCCCCCUUUUUUCCACUUUAGUUCAAUGUAACAAAAAAGUAAGUAGUAGUAGUUGUUGGUAAGGGCUACCAUUACAAGGAUAUGUAUUUGCUUAGCUGAAGAAAAAAAAAAAAAUGUUACCAUUUAAGAUGACUUUUUAUAAAAGACUACAAGGUGUGGAGGCAAAACAACCAAUCGAGUAAAAGUGCCAAAUCUCUGAUUUGUUCAGAGGCCUUCGUAUUUGUGUUGUGUUCGAUCCCUUCGGCCCCUUUUGCCCAGAGUCCAGAGCUCCACGAUGUGCGCCGUGCCCCAGUAUAGAUGCUGAAUGUCCCAGGGUAUCGUUACUGUAACAGUACCGUAGGUACAAGAUGUUUACAUUCGUUACAGAUGAGUUCAAUUCUCAGAUUAUUUACAACACAGAAUGUUGUGGCAGUUUUUAAUGCAAGUCGCUUGGUUUUAAAGCACAGAGCUAUGCAUCAGUAGUUGUAGUUGAUUUUUGACGUAGUGAGGGCGCCGGUCAGUUUUUAGGGCGCUCCUGUUAUAUGAUCAACCAAAAAGUGCUGCAGAAGACAGUUCGUCUCUCGCCGCCUCGGCCUUGUAAUGUAACCGGUGGUUCGGAUGCAGAAGACAAUGUUUCAGUUACUUAUUUAAGAGACCAGAUUGAAAACAUUCUUACUGGUACUUCUUAGUGUCUUUUCUACCUUUCUCCUUUUUGUUCCGUUUAGUUUUUUUCUCUCUCUCUCUCUGCACGACGGCUGUAAAUUGAAAAUACCAUCUGAGUGCGCGGGGGUGUGUGUCCGGGUGUCUGUCUCCUCCCAGUAUAUUGCACUGUAAUGUUGAUGCAUGUCAACUACCAUAACAAAGCCUAUAUUGGGUUAAAAGAAUGGAUCAGCUUCAACUCUAACCUUGCUACUCGACUUUUCUUCUCAUUUUUGAGCUUAUAUUUAUGAAUACAUGCAGUAUAUUUGUACAGAGAAAAAUGAUAAUUUUGCAUCUGUGGUGGUCUAGACUUUGAUGGCACUCUUGCAUGAUAGCAAUAAACUAUUUUGAAUGAAAACAAA